UCAUGCUGCUGCCAGGUCCAGAGUCUCUCAUGGGUCCCUGUACGGCCUCCCAUUGCUGCUGUCUCCAUCGCCACACUCUGCCAUGUGCCACUUUCAGGUCUCCUCACACUGCUGGUGUGUUCCAUUUUUUGUCAUAGGGUGCUGGCAGAUUACGGGCCUCCCAUAGCUGCUGCCAGGCCCUAAUCUGCCAUGGGCCCCUAUACCGCCUCCUCAUGCUGCUGCCAGGUCCAGAGUCUCUCAUGGGUCCCUGUACGGCCUCCCAUUGCUGCUGUCUCCAUCGCCACACUCUGCCAUGUGCCACUUUCAGGUCUCCUCACACACUGCUGGUGUGUUCCAUUUUUUGUC